AUGAAACGCUUAUCUUCUUCAUUCUUCCAGUCCUUAUGUAGGUACCCUUCAAAUCAAGUGUUAUUGCCGUGUGCUUGCCUGCAGGGGUGUGCCCAGGGUCAGCUGGACAUGGAGGGGGCUCUGACCGCACGGGACCGCGUGGGGAUCCAGGACUUUGUCCUGCUGGACGCCCACACCAGCGAGACUGCUUUCCUAGACAACCUGAAGAAACGCUUCAUUGAGGACCUAAUCUAUACCUAUAUAGGCACUCUGCUAGUGUCUGUGAACCCCUACAAAGAGUUGGCUAUCUACAGUAAAAAACAGAUGGAUAUAUACAUGGGCGUCAACUUUUUUGAGCUUCCACCGCAUAUUUUUGCCCUGGCGGACAACGCCUACCACACCAUGCUGACUGAGGCCAACAACCACUUCAUCCUCAUCUCUGGGGAGAGUGGUGCCGGCAAGACCGAGGCUUCCAAGAAGAUCCUGCAGUACUACGCUGUGAGCUGCCCCAGUACCACCCUACUGGACAGCGUCAGGGACCGGAUGCUGUUGUCCAACCCUGUGCUGGAGGCUUUCGGCAACUCCAAAACACUGAAGAAUGACAACUCUAGCCGCUUCGGGAAGUACAUGGAUAUCCAGUUUGACAUCCAGGGGGAUGCAGUGGGGGGGCACAUCCUGAGCUACCUGCUGGAGAAGUCCAGAGUGGUCCACCAGAACCACGGAGAGAGGAACUUCCACAUCUUCUAUCAGCUCGUGAAGGGAGGAGAGGAGGACCUGCUGCAUCAGCUAGGCCUCGAGAGCAACUGCCAGCACUACAGCUACCUGGUGCAAGGCGAGUGUGCCAACGUGACCUCAAUCAAUGACAAGAAUGACUGGACGACAGUGAGAAACGCCCUGUCCGUCAUCGACUUUGAUGAGAGUGACAUACAACACCUGUUAGGGGUCAUAGCAAGCGUCCUCCACUUAGGGAACGUGCAGUUUGAGCCUGACAGCAAAGGCUACGCCACGUUGAGCAACAGCGCUGAGCUCCGCUGGGUUUCAACAUUGCUGGGCGUCAAUGUUCAAGUGCUGCAGGAGGGGCUGACAUCCAGGAAGAUUGAGGCCAAAACGGAUGAGGUGCUCAGCCCAUUCACAGUGGACCAUGCCAUCUAUGCCAGAGAUGCCCUCGCCAAAGCCAUCUAUGGACGCACCUUCACCUGGCUGGUCAAUAAAAUCAACGACUCCAUGGAAAAUAAGGACUCGUCAAGGAAGACAGUAAUUGGUCUGCUAGACAUAUAUGGCUUUGAAGUUUUCUAUGUCAACAGUUUUGAACAGUUCUGUAUAAACUACUGCAACGAGAAACUGCAGCAGCUUUUCAUCCAGCUGACCUUGAAGUCGGAGCAGGAGGAGUACGAAGCAGAGAGCAUUGGGUGGGAGCCUGUCCAGUUCUUCAACAACAAGAUUAUCUGUGACCUAGUGGAGGAGAAACACAGGGGCAUCAUCUCAGUGCUAGAUGAAGAGUGCCUGAGGCCUGGAGAGGCCACUGACCUCACGUUUCUGGAGAGGCUUGAGGAAAAAUUAGACAGUCACCCUCAUUUCGUCACGCACAAGCUGGCUGACAAGAAGACACGUAAGACGCUGGAGAGAGACGACUUUCGCCUUCUGCAUUACGCCGGGGAGGUCACCUACUGCGUUGUGGGGUUCCUCAACAAAAACAAUGACCUGUUAUACAGAAACAUCAAAGAUGUGAUGCGGCAAUCUAAAAAUACCAUAGUCAGAGAGUGCUUUGCAUCAAAGGAGUCGGAUGGCAGGCGGCGACCAGAGACGGUUGCUAGCCAGUUUAAGAGCAGUCUGCUGGGACUGACAGACAUCCUCAUGUCUAAGGAGCCCUGGUAUGUGCGCUGCCUCAAAUCUAACGAGUCCAAACAGCCAGGGCAGUUUGACGACAUGGUGGUUCGGCACCAAGUGAAGUACAUGGGGCUGAUGGAACACCUUCGGGUCAGACGGGCAGGUUUUGCAUACCGAUGCCGCUAUGACGUUUUUCUGCAGAGAUACAAGCCCCUAUGCCCAGCCACCUGGCCCUAUUGGAGAGGAGUGGCUGCAGAAGGAGUGGAAGUGCUGGUGCAGCACCUAGGUUACCUGCCAGAUGAGUACAAAAUGGGCAGAACCAAGAUAUUUAUCCGCCACCCCAGGACACUUUUUGCCACAGAGGAUGCCUUUGAGGUCUGCAAACAUAAACUUGCAUCAAGGAUUCAGGCCCAGUACAAGGGAUACUGGCAAAAAGGACAAUUCAGAAGACAGAAAGAAGCCGCCACCAAGAUUGAGACUUGCUGGCGAGGAGUACAAGCCAGGAAAGAGAAAGGGCGGAGACAAUGGGCUGUCAAGGUCAUCAAGAAGUUUAUUAAAGGAUACAUGGCCAGAGGGGAGGCAAAGACCACCGAUAACUCAGAAUACCUGGCCUUUGUCAGACAGAACUACCUAAACAGGCUGAAAGACAAUCUCCCUAAAAUGGUUCUGGAUAAAACCAGCUGGCUUACCCCUCCACCGGUAUUGACGGAGACCUCAGAGAUCCUGCGUCAGCUCCACAUGCGUCUCAUGGUGAGGAAGUAUAUCAGAGGUAUCACUGCACAACAGAAAGCACAGCUUCAACUCAAGGGGAUCACCAGUGUCAUCUUCAAGGGCAAGAAGGACAGCUACCCACAGAGUGUCUCCCAACCCUAUGUGGACACCAGGAUCAGUGAACAGGACAUAAAUAUGAAGGUCCUGCAGAUGAUUCACCAUGAAGGAAUCAAGUACAGCAUACCAAUAGUGAAGUAUGACAGGAAUGGAUUUAAAGCCCGACCUCGGCAGCUCAUCCUCACACAGACUGCUGCCUAUGUGGUGGAUGAUGCCAAGAUCAAGCAGAGAGUGCUGUACACUACUCUGAAAGGUGUGUCGGUCAGUACCUUGAGUGAUGGCGUCAUCAUUUUCCAUAUUGCAAGUGAAGACAAUAAGCAGAAGGGGGACCUAAUCAUGCAGUGUGACCACCUGUUUGAAGCGUUGACCAAACUCAGCGUGGUUGCCAACAAGCAGAGCGCAAUCAACGUGGUCCAGGGCAGCGUCAAGUUUCAGAUGCAGGCGGGGAAAGAGGGCAUUGUGGAAUUCAGCAGUGGCCAGGAGUCCAUGGUGUACAAGGACAAGAAUGGACAUUUCAUGGUGGUUUCCACUCGGACCAGGGCUCGAUGACCUGUGCAGGGUUCAGGACAGAGAGACACACUAAGGAGAGGAUGGACAGGCUCCCAGGAGACAGACACAUCAUCUGGAUUAGACCAAGAAUUUUGCUCUUGUAUUGCCUGAUUCCAGAUCUGUUUGUGUUGUGCACAAACUCAAUAGCCAGUUGCAAGACCACACAAACAAAUCUAGGAUCAGGCUGGUUUUUGUUAGAUGAACACCCAAAAGAUACCUACAGCUGUUGCUUUCAGAAAACCCUAAACUGCAAAUGUACAAACCAUUGAAUCAAUAUAUUUAAUGUCAAUCAGGCGGAGCUCUUAAGAAAAUAUAUUUCAGUUCUUCUUAUGCACCAAUCCUGUGUGAUAGAAUUGACUGGAGCCAACCAAGUGUUAAUUUAAAGACAUGCUCCGGUACUUUGGCGACUAAGAAAGUAUUUUUUAAACCUCCCACAUUGGGCUGAAUGUGUCAAUUUGUAGUUCAUGCAUGAAUAAUCUAUGAGUAGAAUUAGUCUUACCUCAAUUAGCCAAGAUAUUCCUAGUUUGAAAGUGACUUUUCUUGAAGCCGUUUUCCCUAAAUUUAUCCUCACGUGGCCAGCCACCUAGCAAUUUGAGUUCUAGCCAAUGAGCUUGCAUUUGAGUGACAGCGUUAUCCAACAAAGUUGCAGGGCGGGCUCAGUGGACACAGCAGAGAGAAAUGACGUCGUGCACAUACAGUAUGUGACAUAUGCCAUUUUCGGGGACCACUUUUGGCUCAUGAGCGCUACUUCCAUAACUACUGACUAAUAAGUAUACAAAAGUACCGGAGAAUCUCUUUAAGGGACCCAAGAAAAGCACAAACCUGUGUCAUGUCUAUGAUCUACCACACACACUUGUAUAUUUCUGUUUGUGAAUUCAAGGCUAAGGGAGCCUUAUGUCUGCUGGUUUAGUUUUUCAGAUGUAAGUACUAUAUUCACAUUACAGUGUUGUUGAAUUCAGAGCAAAGUGUACUACUCUCUAAAAUAGUACAUUAUAUAUUUUUGUACUAUAGCAACCGUCAGGAUAGGAAUCAUUGAUUUUGCAACAAAGUCAUGUGUAUCAUAAUUUUGUAUUUCAACCAACAUUCAAAUGAAAUUAGAAAAAUAAAA